AGGGGAGGUGGAGACAGAAAGAGAGAAGGGAGACUUUAGAGAGAGAGAAAGACGGGAGCGUUUGUGCUCGCCUCAGAAUAAAAGCAGAAAAACGCAUGCAUAUAUGUGAAGAACGGGAAGAAAGGGAGAGAGAGGAAAACAGGGAGGGCAGGACGGAGAGGGAGGAUAGAGCGAGGGCUGCUCUCAGCAUCAUCUGACAGGAGAGAGGCUGAUCUCCGACAGCAGGUGUUGGAGGAUAGAGAGACUGAGUCAGACACUCGGAGAGCGCGAUACGUAGAGGAGCACCAAGUUGUUGAGAAGGAGAGACUGAGCUGCAAGUGAGGCAGGAAACAAGAUGGAAGGAUUCCUCGUAUCUCUGAUGAAGUAGAGUCCUCACUAGCACACUCCCACCCUCCAUUUCCUCAUCCUGCGCUUUCAAAGAGUUGCAGAAUGGAUGAGCAAAGAUGCCCCCUCCCUCCCCCCCUCAAAACAGAAGAAGACUACAUCCCUUAUCCCAGCGUUCAUGAGGUUUUGGGUCGCAGAAGUCCAUUCCCACUCAUACUGCUGCCCCAGUUUGGAGGCUACUGGAUUGAAGGGACCAAUCAUGAACCUAAAGACCCACCAGAGGCAGAUCAACCUCCCUGCCCUACCUCCCACAUCAAACUGGAGACAAACAGCACUGCAAAGAUCUACAGGAAGAAUUUCAUGGGCAAGGAACACUUUAAUUACUACACUAUGGAUGCUGCCCUGGGUCACUUGGUCUUUUCAAUGAAGUAUGAUGUCAUUGGGGAUCAAGAGCAUCUCCGCUUGAUGCUCCGGACAAAGCUAAAAACCUAUCAUGACGUGAUUCCCAUUUCCUGCCUUACUGAGUUCCCCAAUGUGGUUCAGAUGGCCAAGCUUGUUUGUGAAGAAGUAAAUGUGGAUAGAUUUUACCCUGUUCUCUACCCGAAGGCAUCGAGACUCAUUGUCACCUUUGAUGAACAUGUAAUCAGCAACAACUUCAAGUUUGGAGUCAUUUAUCAAAAGUUUGGCCAGACAUCAGAGGAGGAGCUCUUUGGGAAUAUGGAAGAAAGUCCUGCCUUUGUUGAAUUCUUGGAGUUUCUGGGCCGGAAGAUUGAGCUUCAUGACUUUAAAGGUUUUCGGGGUGGACUCGAUGUUACUCAUGGGCAGACAGGGACAGAAUCCAUCUACACAAAUUUCCAUAAUAAGGAGAUUAUGUUCCAUGUGUCUACCAAACUGCCUUACACAGAAGGAGACUCACAGCAGCUGCAGAGGAAGAGGCACAUAGGCAACGACAUUGUAGCCAUCGUGUUCCAAGAGGAGAACACGCCCUUUGUACCAGAUAUGAUCCAGUCCAACUUUCUGCACGCGUAUGUGGUGGUGCAGGUGGAGAACGCAUGUACAGACAAUGUCACCUACAAGGUGUCUGUGACAGCAAGGGAUGAUGUACCCUUCUUUGGCCCUGCUCUACCAGACCCUGCCAUCUUCAAAAAGGGCCCAGAGUUCCAUGAGUUCCUCUUCACCAAGCUCAUCAAUGCAGAAUAUGCCUGCUACAAAGCUGAGAAGUUUGCCAAGCUGGAGGAGCGCACACGUUCAGCUCUGUUGGAAACGCUGUAUGAGGAGCUGCACAUCAACAGUCAGUCCAUGAUGGGUCUUGGGGGAGAUGAAGAUAAACUGGAGAAUGGAGGCGGAGGAGGAGGGGGAGGUUUCUUCGAGUCCUUUAAGCGGGUCAUCCGCAGCAGAAGCCAGUCUAUGGACGCCAUGGGCCUCAGUAACAAGAAGUCACACACAGUAUCCACUAGUCACAGUGGCAGCUUUACCCACAAUCCCGCAGAGAGUCCCAAAACCCCAGGGAUUUCAUUGCUUGUCCCAGGGAAAAGUCCCAGUAAAUAUGGACGCCGAGGCAGUGCCAUAGGGAUAGGAACAAUAGAAGAGUCAUUAAUUAUUCCAGGGAAAAGCCCAACCAGGAAAAAGUCUGGGCCCUUCAGCUCCCGUCGCAGUAGUGCCAUUGGCAUUGAGAACAUCCAGGAGGUCCAAGAGAGGAGCCGGGAGGUGUCCCCCAGCACCCAGAAGACACCGGAUCCCAACUACAUGUCGCAGGAAAACAAAUCAGACAACUCCUCCAAUCACAGUUCUCCAGAGUUUCCUGCCACUAAGAACAGUCUGGUGAUGUGUUGCAGGGCGCCGUCCAUCCCUGAGGCUCAGGACCUUUCUCGUUCCUCAUCCAAUGCCAGCAGCUUUGCCAGCGUUGUGGAAGAACAUGAAGCUGAGGAGGAGUAUGACACUGGAUUGGAAAGUGUGUCUUGUAUAACGCCAGUCAAAAAAGACUCAUUUGUGUAUAGCUCUGGGGUGGAGGACAGUGCAUGCGGUACCAGCCAAGGAAGUUUCCCAGCAGCAUCUCGUCUUCAACACCAACCAGACGGAGUGAAGACAUCAGAGCCAAAAGGGACAGAGAGCCGGCCCAAGACAGAGAGUCCCCAGCAGGAGCACAAGUCCUCAUCGGCCACAUUCAUCUGUUUCUACGUAAUGCCCAUUUAUAUAUCUCUCCCACGUCUACCGCCUUUCUCUCAGCAUUCCCAUAUGAGGCAUCUUUUGCCAAAAAAAACAAGCCAGGGGCAUAUGAACUCCACCACUGAUGCAGAAAAGGAGCACCGUAGCCAGAUCAAGAGACUGUCAGAUCUUCCUUUGUAUGUUUCGGCAUCGAUCUGCUACCUGUCAUGACAGACGCCCGGCUCCGUGGACAUGUACCAACCUACUGCCCUCAUUCCAUCUCUUUGAGGAAACCUCCUCGAGUCCUCAAGGCAGAGGAAUAAAGAGGCUUCCACACCCAUGCAGCAUCUCUACUGACUGUCGUCUUUGGACAGUCCGCCCGCCUACUCAUUUUUCAGGCCAGUAAGCUCUGAAACCCGACUCUUACUGUAAACACUCAUGUGCUGUGUAUCCUCUUUGAAAGAUCAGGAUUGGAAUGGAGCUUUUAAUCUUGUGACUGAAAGAGCAGUGAAAGAAACCGAGACAGAUCAAACAACUGGUGUUUGCUUAGCUUGUGAAGAGUUGCACUAUGGAGUAAAAUGUUUUUGUUUUUUUUUAAAUGUCAUAUUCACAUCCCACUGUGAUAUCGAACAUGGGUUUCACUUUGACGUACCAGGUGUGUGCAUGUGUGUGUGUGUGUGUGUGUGUGUGUGUGUGUGUGUAUGUGUGUGGCUGUCUGUCUUGGUCAUGUUUUGUGUUUUAUUGAUGAUCUGUUCUUUUCUCAGUAUUCUGCAGUGAAUAUUUGUGUUUUACAACAACUUCUGCAAAUUUGUCAUGUUUUGAUCGAGUGUACAUGUAUGAUGCUGCGGUUGGUGGCUAUAAAAAUUUUACCCCACCAGAAAUUUGUGCUACAGUAAAACUAUGACCAAUUUUAAGGGGAAUGUAGGUGUCAUUGAUAUGAUUUUAGUAAGAAGCAGAGUUACUGUUGUGCCCCAACCAGCAACAUGCAUCCUCACAUUUAAAGGUACUGCUGUUCAGACUUUUGUCUCCAAAUGCUCUUUGUUACACCCCACUUGUUGAUGUCUGUGUACGGGUGUAUACUGUGCAUGGUGUAAAUCUGCUCGCCAAAUUCCUCUCCUCUGUACACUGGUGCCAUGCUUGACAUAGAGGUGUUGUCCCUGUGAUUUGUGUUUUUAUGGAAAACCAGCCGACAUCUCCAGAUGCAGUGCACAUUGCUGAUAGAGAGCCAAAUGUCACCUUUUUCCUACUUUAUUUGUAAAGUGUAAUACAUGUGCGUGACCUAAGCACUACAUUUUCAGAGUUAUUGCGAAAAUGCUGACCUUUUAUUCUGAGAAUUGGAAUUGUUGCUGAAAAUGAAUUACACUGUGACUUGUCUUGAAGUUGCCUUUAUGAUUGUGUCACAUGAGCUGCUUUGAAGGAGGGUCACAUUUAAAGGCACCUUUACGAAUGGCUUGAAUGUAAAACUAGGCAGAAAUGGAUUCAUUUGUGCAUAUCUGCUCUGGUAAAUGGUGACACUGUGUUGAUUCCUGAUCACAGUAGACUUGAGUCAGAAAAAGCUCAUGUUUACUGAACAGAGAAGCUUCUUCCUGUCUUCAGUUUGUAAUGAAGGAUGAACUGAUACAUGACUGAAGCGGACAUUUAUUGUCAGAAGUAAAUUAAUGACAGCAUUUACAGUUUGUGAAAGUACAAAAGGUUUAAGACACUGGACCAAAUGCAAAAUGCCCUAUAUCCUAGCUAGAAAUCCCUCUUCAUAUAAAUUGCAUAGAACAGCACAGAAAGAAGUUUCAACACAUUUGUGUUUUGGCCUUUUAAAUUGACUUUUUAAAAGGAUAAUUUGAAAUCAAUGUCCUCUGGACCUUGAAAAUGCUUCAGUAGAUGAAGUCUGCCCUCUUGUGGCUCUGUAUUAUUAUCGCACAUCAUUCAUCUAUCUGUGCUUGCACUGUAUGCCAGUGGCCAACAACCACGACGACAUGGGGAACGAAUCUUCUAUGUGCUCGAUUCAAAUGAUUGUAUUUCUGUUCUUGUCAACAGUUUGCUUAAGCCCUUGUUCAAAAGACUUGUUUGUAAAUAUUGCUUUACUUUUUUUUGUAAAUGAAGUCAACAAAAAUGUUUAAUAAAGAGGAAGAUGCAUAAAAGAGA